AUGGGGCUGACCCGAUCCCGUCGUGGUACGUCGAUUGCGCCGGUGGCCAAGAGAAAGCGCUCGCCCUGUCAACAAGAAGACGAUGCUCGUCAAGCCUCCAAAAGGAGGAGGCAUUCAGUGCCAGAGCUUCCAGAGGACAUAUGGGAUCGUAUCCUUUCCUUGCUGCCCCUGCGGGAUGCUGCUCGAGCUGGUUGUGUAUCUCGCGCGUUGUUAAGUUCCUGGACACGCCGUCCCAACCUCACCUUCACAGAGGAAACACUCGGCCUGGCUGGAAAUGCAUGUCGAAAACCUGAACUUGCACGAACUUUCCAAAACAGAGUUUACCGCGUUUUGAAAAAACACUCGGGCGUUGGUGUGAAGGCAUUCAAGCUUCAUCACUGUGGUUCUGGUUUCAACAUUCAUGAUCUGAACAGGUGGCUUCAGAUUGCCGUUACUCCGGGGAUUGAAGAAGUCGUACUUUCAGUACCAAUGCACCGGAGAAAGUACAAAUACGGGCCUCACUACGGGUACGAAUGGGUGUCUUACAACUUCCCCUGCUCAGUUUUUUCCAACGGGAGUGGAAACUCGAUUCGACAUCUUCACCUCGCCAGUUGUGCCUUCCACCCUGUUGCCGGACUUGCUCACUUGACAAGGCUGCAUCUGUUUAAGGUGGACAUUACAGGAGAUGAGUUAGGGUGCUUCCUUUCUAAUUCUUUUGCUAUGGAGGAGCUGAAUCUCACUAAAUGCGGUAACGUCAUUCACCUGAAGAUACCUUGCCUGCUACACAGGCUCAACUGCCUGGCGGUGCUGCAGUGCGUAGCUCUAAAAGUGAUAGAAAAUAAAGCUCCAAAUCUUUGGAUUGUUCGCAUCGAUAGCCAACCAGAGAAAGUUCCAGUUGGAGAUGUACUGCAAGUGAAGGACCUCCAAAUGCAGGAUUGUUACGAAUCUAACCUUGUUCAUUAUGCUCGUGCCAAGCUUCCAUCCAUUAUGCCAAAUCUUGAAACCCUCAGCCUAGAAUCGACCGGGGAGGUGUUCAAUACGCCAAUCUUGCCUGUCAAAUUCCUCUACCUCAAGAACUUGCGUAUUUUUCUUCAUGAUCGAGGGAUGAAGGGCUUUUCCCCAGGCUACGAUUAUUUUUCUCUCGUUUCUUUUCUGGAUGCUUGUCCUGUCUUGGAGAAUUUUGUCUUGGCUGUAUUACAGGCUAGCGUAAGGCAGGAAUUGAUUUCCGGAGACCCGCAUCUGAGGCAGAUGCCUGAACACUAG